AGCAUCUGUUGUCGGGUUCCUCACCGUGGGCCGAACCCGCCCAUAAAAGGCAAGCCGGAUCGGGUUAAAGGUCCUGUCUUGGAGCUGCCCGCUCAGGCAGCACGUUCCUCUGCCAUUUCUGCAGACUUCCUUAAAUUCUCCCCUCUUCUGAAUCUUUCUCGGAUAUAUCUCUGAUACCUGGAAACCUCGACUUGUGGGGUUCGAGCGAGCUGCACCCGCUUCAUUGAAAGGUAACAUGAUGGACGGGGCAUCUUCUCUUUCCCAUACGAGCAAAGAUCCAGUCGAGAAUGUCGUGGAACAAAGAACAAAGGUGUAUGUGUGGGACAUGGACGAGACUCUUAUACUGCUCAAGUCUCUGUUGAAUGGGAUGUAUGCAAACAACUUCAAUGGUUUGAAGGAUGUAAAUAAGGGCUUAGAAAUCGGGAAGAUGUGGGAGAAACUCAUCCUUGAUCUGUGUGAUGGGUAUUUCUUCUACGAACAGAUUGAGAACUUCAAUGAGCCUUUUCUUGAGGCCUCGCGUCAAUUUGAUGAUGGGCGCGAUCUUUCUGAUUAUGACUUCCAUAAUGAUGGGUUUAGUCCUCCAUAUGAUGAUAUCAACAAAAGAAAAUUAGCAUACAGGCUUCGGUUCAUUGCCUCAAUGUAUGAACGGGGUCUGGAAAACAUCUUUGAUCGAGACAUGAAAGAUCACUGGGAAGCUUUGUAUGAAAUGACUGAUAAAUAUACAGACGGAUGGCUCUCCUCGGCACGGUCCUUCUUGGAGCAGUGUUCUAGCGGAACGGAAGAUCCGAUUCUGAGACUAGAUACAAGCAAUCACAUCAGCAGUGAUGGCAACAAAUUGCACCACAUUAAUGUUUUAGUGACUUCAGGAUCGUUGAUACCGAGCCUAGCCAAGUGCUUACUCUUUCGAUUGGAUAAAUUGAUAAACCAUGUAGAUGUGUACAGUUCAUGGGAAGUCGGGAAACUCCAAUGUUUCAAAUGGAUCAAGGAACGAUUCAGUGGCCCAAAUGUUAAGUUCUGUGUGAUCGGGGAUGGGUGGGAGGAGUGCAGGGCUGCCGAAGGAAUGAGGUGGCCUUUCGUGAAGAUCGAUCUGAGACCCAGCGGUUCCCACAGGUUCCCUGGCCUCACAUUGAAGACACUGGGCUACUAUUUUUCUGUUGUAUACGGUCAUAGUUCUGCCGAAGAAACUGAAGAAUAAGCCAUAAUCCAAGCUGAUAGUUGUGUUCUCCAAAGUCUUUAUAGUGAACUCACUCUGUACAAUUUCCAUGCUUCAUCUAGCUCCGCGUAAAAUCAACAGAUUGAACACCGCCUGUCGAUUGAUUUCUUUGCAGAAAUGCUUAGUUGCUAGGUGAUGCACGGGCCAAGAUCCGAUCCUCAGCUGUAACUUAUGCAGAUACAAGGAAUUUAUUCAAGUCAAUUACUAUCAGCAACAUCGGAAGCCGAUGAGCUUGAGAAAGA